AUGUUAUUCACGAAUACUACAACACUACCACUCCGUAUCGAAGCCGCAAGCAAAAAAGCCGCCGGCAACCAAAAGCCGCGCGUGCCGCAGGGGAGGGCCGGCGGAUUGGCCGCCGGCCAUGCCGCCGGCCGUGCCGCCGGGCAUGUGUGGAUGCACCAUAAAAAUUAUAGAAAUUCUGAAAAUGACUUCAUUUUCGAAAGCGAUUAUAGUUAA